AUGGUCAAGUCUUUCAUCUUAGAGAGAAAAGAGAAACUCGAACGGAUAGAGCAGAUAGUAAAACUCCAGAACUUUUUCUUUUUCAUUACUUCCAUGGUCGUGCCUUGUGGCACGGCAGCACCCGUACUAUUGAAAUGGUUCGUCAGUAGAGAUGUUACCACAGGUGCCCCUUUUUCCAAUGGUACUUUAAUUCCUAUUCUUACCCCUUGAUUCCUUCUUUUGGUUUAUCUACAUUCUAGGAAAUUCAUACGCUCUAUGGACGGAGUCAAAAGUGGAGUCUUGGUCAGAGCAAGUUGCCCUAUUUUAUUACCAGACAUAAUUGGGAGAAGCUCAUCCGAAACUAGAGCUAGAAACGCCUUAUUUUGUUUCGUUCCCAUUCUUCAUUUUCUUCUUCUCGAAUUAAAGGGGGACUUACCCUAUUUAGAAUCUUUUUACGGUGUGCUCCGUUUACUAUUCUUUCAUACUUUCUUCUCUUUACCACGCGAUAGGUCAGCGAAGCGUGAGCGGGCGCGGAGAAGAAAAGGCCAAACACUUCGGCCUAACGGGAAUGAGCAACGACGAAAUGAAAAGAGAAAGUGCCCCGGGCGCCCCCAUUUAGAAAGAAGGGUCGAAGGGUUUGGGCCUGUAGCUUUCCCCGUCCCCCCUUCGUCGGGUGGUGCUUGCAUGGGGGGUGUGCUACCUGAAAUCGGGCUUGAAGCUCCCGCCUUACCAACGAGCCGACAGCUGAUGGCUGUUGGUCGCAACUACUACCAAAAAGUGAACAUGAAGAUGAAUAUUUCACAUGGGGGAGUGUGCAUCUUUAUGUUGGGUGUUCUUCUGUCGUCAACUAACACCAAGAAGAUACAGUUCACUCAACGAUUGCCUUUGGGUUCCGAACUCCAUAUGGGGAAGGAACGUUGUUGUUUGCGGGGUCUCGAUCAUUUACAUGGACCCACUUUUCAUUCCAUUUGUGGGAAUUUGAUGAUCCAUAAACCGUCCUUAACGAAUGAUCGGCUCAUCUUUGAGCAUGAGGAAUCACUUCGUGCCGACCUGUUGUCAAUAAACUUUUUGCUUGAGAAUGGAAAACUGGAGCGUUUUCUGCAUCGGUGGAUGAAGAAUCGCGAACAUCUAAAUUUCUGGUUAAGCAUGUUCCCAGAAAAAAGAUACUUUCGAGAAACAACGAGCAAGACUGAAGUAGCUAUCCAUACAAAUCCAUCGGAUCUAUAUGUUUCGAUUGGAACUGGAAGUUCAAGAACAGGCGGCCGGUAUACUACCAUAAUGAAACUGCCUUUUAUUUUUUUUAUUCAGAUAGGAUUUCUGUUGGCUUCGUUGGGAGGCUCGCGUAGUUUGUUACGUCAACUCCAAAAGGAUAAAUUGCGUUGA